AUGGAGGUGGUGGGUGAUGGCCUGGGGCUCAGGAAGUCUUCAGUCAGCAAAACUGUGACAACAGUAACACCUUUGCUGUUACAGCUGAUGAAGAGCAUCCUGGUUUUCCCCAAAACUCCUGAGGAAAUACAGCUGGCCAAUCAACAAUUCUAUGAUAUUGACAACAUCCCCAGAGUGAUUGGCAUCAUUGAUGGCACCUUAAUCCCAGUAUUAAGCCCUAAGGUAAAUGAGCCCUUGUACAUUUGCAGGAAGGGCUAUCCAGCCAUUAAUGUUCAAGUAGUGUGUGAUCACCAGGGAAUGUUCACUGACAUUGUGGCAAAAUGGCCUGGAAGCACACAUGACUCUUUUGCAUGGGCCAAUUCUGCAAUUUGCCAGAUGGCUGAAGAAGGUGGCUUUGGUGAUAGCUGGCUGCUGGGAGACAGUGGAUAUCCUCUUCGCCCCUACCUUUUGACACCUGUGCAGCAUCCAGCCACCAUUGCAGAGGAAAGGUUUAAUCAGGCCCAUGGAAGGACACGCUCUAUAGUGGAGAGGACUAUAGGACUGUGGAAACAACGUUUUCGCUGCAUCAGCAAGUCCAGUGGUGGCCUAAAGCUAAACCCUACCAAAAGCUGUUCUGUUAUUGUGGUUACUGCAAUUCUCCACAACAUUGCAGUCAGGGAAAAUGUCCAGCUUCCUGAAGAGGAAGUUGGAGCCGAUGGUGAGGAAGAUGCUGUUUCUGAUGAUGAUGAUGAUGAUCCUUUGAACCCACAUCAAGGCAGAAUGCAUCCUGCAGAAGCAGAAGUCAGAGAACUUUUAAUUCAGAAUAUGUUUGGAUGGUAG